AUGGAGACACACAAAUACCGUCUGCCUGACCACACCAAUGGGAACGGUACCAAGGUACAACUUGAGACUAGACGAGAGCAUCUCGAACGCAAUGGUGCCCUUCCUGCCUCCGAUCAACCACCACCUCCACCUCCGAAAGAUACACCGCCGGUGCCAGCGGUCGAGUUCACACCUGAUCUUGCGUCAUACUUUACUCCCGGUCAUCAGCGACCCGGUUCCAUUUACACGCUAUCCCGCGCAUCUUUCGCCAAUCAACUAGCUCAACUAACAUCACUUCAGCUUCCUGAUGCGGAGUCCUUGUCCAGCAAGGUGUCUGCCAUCCCGACAGCACAGGUCGCAUCGAAAGCUUUGAUCAACGCCGCGGAGCAAAUUAGAAGUUGGAUCUACAAGGCGUCAGAGGUUAUUGGUGGUCUGGAUAGCGACGAUGACGUUGAGUGGGCUGCGGCAGGAGGUCGCGAAGGAUACGAAGAAGUCGAAAACGCCAUACAUCGCUUCGAGAAAUUGAUUAAAGUAUACGUCGGUGCUAUCGAAGAAUUGCAAGGUCGCGAAGACAUUGCCGACGUUCCGCCCGAAGAUCUUCAUCGCGCCGUCUCCCAAAUGGAGUCCAUCAUCGAAGAGUGGGCCAACAUCAAAGCAGCACUCAAUACUGUAAAAGGGCAAGUCGAAAUCGCAAUGGAGUGGGAGGAAUUGUGGAACAGUGUUCUGGGAGAUAUCCAAAGCGAAAUGGACGAACUGAGCCGUCUGGUCUUCGAGAUGGAAGAAAGACGCCACAAGUCUUUGAUGGCUGCCGCAGGCGGCGACGGCGUCGAUAUCGGAGACCUCGAGAACAUUGUGGAGGAUACUCCUCCUCCCGUUGCCAGGAUGCAAGCGCAAAACCGCUUCAGCCUACCUGGUCUUCCGCUCAGUCCUGGAUCAACGUCUCCAGGAACGCCUACACCCACUCUGUCACAAGAUGAUUCUAGUCUUCUGGCCCUUUUCGCGCGGAUGCAACCCUUGCGCGCAUCGCUAGACUUCCUUCCUAUGCGGCUCGCGGUGUUCGCUGCCCGAGCCGAGAAAUCCUUUCCAACUGCUUGUGAGGAAUUGGAUAUGCGACGCACAGGUCUCGAUGGCAGUUACAAAAAGCUGGAAAAGGAUGCCGAAUCACUGCGCAAGGAGCUGGGUGAGGACCGAUGGGUCAUUGUCUUUCGCGGAGCGGGAAGACAGGCCCAAAAGAUGAUCGAGUCAGUUGAGAGAUCGAUGAUCAAGCUAAGGGAAGCCGUCGACACCGGCAUGCAUCUGAGCAACCCACCGACAAUGAUCAAAAAGAUCGAGAGUUACGACGCCAAGAAGACGCAUUAUGGCCCAGCUAUCGAGCGAGUUUUGGCCAUCAUCGACAAGGGUGUUAAGGACCGCUUAACUGUCAAUGGCGAAAUUCUCCGUUUGCAUGCCGAGAUGCAGUCAAAAUGGGAAUCGAUCAAGGACGAGAUGAGAGAGAUGGACGUGGUUGUGGACGAAGUUCAGGUGGAUACUAGAGGCCAGCAGUUGAGGGAUUCUAUCUCCAGCAUGCUGUCGAAUGAUCGGUCCACGAUUGGUAGUGGCCGUGAUACUCCCGGCAGCUCCCCUCCUUCCUCGGUAAUCAUGUCAAGUCUCGGGUUAGAGCCAGUCACUCCCAGGAACAAGAUGGCCAAGAACCGCUCUGUGAGCACCAACAGUCACUUGCCGCAGCCAUCAGGAAGACGACAGUCGUCACUACCAACACCUUCCUCCCAACUGCCUCGCAAGCCCUUGCCCCUACGCCAAGAAGACAUCGCCGGCCGCCCGUCCAUCAUCCUCUUUGACCCCGCGAUCUUCAUCGCCCGGUGGUACGAGAUUGCCAACCCUUCGGAGCCCCCUGACCCGAGAGUCAUCCGCGUCACCCAUGCCCGAGGACACACCUACGAAGAGAGCCCCAUCGAAGUUGUCUUUCCGAGAGCGUCUAGCCUCACCUGGCCCGUACUCUCAGCAGACACUCUCUAA